CACACCACCACCUCCUUUUUUCUCGCGAUCUCUUCUCUCUUACUUUAUUCUUUUUUUUUAUCUGAAACAUACCAACAAAUUAAAUCACCAUGCCAGACAUAUUGCUCAAGUACAUGAAGCUAGGGUACCAAUACCUAGUCAACCAUGUCUUGGCUUUCCUCCUGAUCCCUACCGCCAUGGCGGUGGCAGUAGAGAUCCUCCGCUCAUCUCCGGCGAGGUGGAAUUCCUUCGCUAUAGACCCCAUCCACCUCAUCUUCUGCUCGUUCCUCGCUGUCUUCAUCGCCACCGUCUACUUCAUGUCCAAACCCCGCUCGAUCUACCUCGUUGACUACGCGUGCUACAAGCCCCCGGUGACCUGCCGCGUGCCCUUCUCCACCUUCAUGGAGCACUCCCGCCUCAUCCUCAAAGACAACCCCAAAUCCGUGGACUUCCAAAUGCGCAUCCUCGAGCGGUCCGGCCUCGGCGAGGAGACCUGCCUCCCCCCCGCCAUCCACUACAUCCCCCCCACCCCGACCAUGGACGCCGCCCGCGGCGAGGCCGAGACGGUCAUCUUCUCCUCCAUCGACUCCCUCAUGAAAUCCACCGGCCUCAAACCCAAACAAAUCGACAUUUUGAUCGUCAACUGCAGCCUCUUCUCCCCCACCCCUUCCCUCUCCGCCAUGAUCGUCAACAAGUACAAACUCCGCAGCAACAUCAAGAGCUACAACCUCUCCGGCAUGGGCUGCAGCGCCGGCUUGAUCUCAAUCGACCUCGCCCGCGACCUCCUCCAAAUCCACCCGAACUCAAACGCGCUAGUUAUCUCCACGGAAAUCAUCACUCCAAACUACUACAAAGGCUCCGAGCGGGCCAUGCUCCUCCCCAACUGCCUCUUCCGAAUGGGCGGCGCGGCCAUCCUCUUGUCCAACAAGAGGCGCGACCGCAGCCGCGCCAAGUACAAGCUCGUCCACGUCGUCCGCACUCAUAAAGGCGCGGACGACAAGGCGUACAAGUGCGUGUACGAGCAGGAGGAUCCGCAAGGGAAAGUCGGGAUAAAUCUAUCGAAAGACCUAAUGGUUAUUGCCGGUGAAGCACUUAAAUCGAACAUCACCACGAUCGGGCCGUUAGUCCUCCCGGCAUCCGAGCAGCUCCUCUUCCUCUUCACGCUGAUCGGCCGGAAAAUCUUCAAUCCGAAGUGGAAGCCUUACAUCCCCGAUUUCAAGCAGGCGUUCGAGCAUUUCUGCAUCCACGCGGGCGGGCGCGCCGUGAUCGACGAGCUGCAGAAGAAUCUGCAGCUGUCGGCGGAGCACGUGGAGGCGUCGAGGAUGACGCUGCACCGCUUCGGCAAUACGUCGUCGUCUUCGCUGUGGUAUGAAUUGGGGUAUAUUGAAGCGAAAGGGAGGAUGAAGAAGGGAGACAGGGUGUGGCAGAUCGCGUUCGGGAGCGGGUUCAAGUGCAACAGCGCUGUUUGGAAAUGCAACAGGACGAUCAAAACGACGUCGGAUGGGCCGUGGCAGGACUGCAUCAAUAGGUACCCGGUGCACAUCCCGGAAAUAGUCAAGAUUUAAUUUAUUAUCAUAUACUAUUUAAUUACUACUACAUAAAUAUGUUUGUAAUCCAUAAAUCCAACACGCGUGGUCGAUCAAUUGUUAAUGUUAAUUAAAUUUAAUCAUGUUGUAUCAA